AUGUCGUGGGAGACGUCUGCGUCGCGUCCUUGUCGUCAUCCCGAGCGUGUUGCCUUUUUGAUUCGUUCCUCUACUGAGCGCGCGGACUCUGAGUUGGCGGGGAGUCUCUCUUCUCACCAGCCGUCGCUCCUGUCCUCCGACUCCGCCGCCUCUGAAGGAGGUUCCGCUGCGCCGCGUGCCUUUGCCCCGCGCUCGGUUGUGCGUGUCUCCUCGCCGCUUUCAGCGGAGAGCCCGAAGAACGACGUCUCCUCUGCGUUCUCCGCGGUACCGGCGAAUCUGUCGCCGUUUGUCUGCAACCCGGACGCGCGCCGCGGCGUCUCCUCGUCGUCCGCUUCGCAGUCUUUGCGCGAUCCUGCGUCGGCCUCUGGUGCUGGCUUUGCGCGACGCGAGGGAACUUCUCUGCGAUUUCCUCAGUCCUUCGACGAGGAGCGCGAGUGCCGUCGAGACGGCGAGCGGAUAACCCCGCCACGCCGCGCUCGUGCGCAGGAGUCGCUGCCCGUUGCCGACUCGCCGCAUCUGUCUGCGAAUCCGUGCCACUUCAGUCCGCAGCCGCCGGCGGCCGCGUUCGUCUCUUCGCCGCUCUUCUCUUCGCCUCACUCGCCCGCAGAGGCGUUGCCCUACGACGCGCGGGACGAGGCGCAGAGCAGCUGCACGCCGAGCGGCGAGCGCGGGGAGACAGACGAGGACGAAGGCGUAGAGUGGCCUUCAGGCGGGCUCGCGCGCGCCCGGCAGGACGGAGCCGCGAAGGAGGGACUGCGCGUGGAGUUCUCUUCUUUCGCGUCGUCUUCUACAGGGUGCCUUCACAGCGGCCGACAAGAGACCUGCUUCCUGUCGCCGCCGGGGGAAGAGGGUGAAGACGAGCCUUGCGACUACAGUGAUGUGAGCAGAGAGAGCAGCCUGGAGGCCGGCGGCAGCGAACGAGAAGAAAGGGAGAAGUUUCACUCGCUCUCGCCGCGCCCCGCGGACUCUGCUGCCUGGGCGAGACCGGGCGCGCGGGCCUUCGCGCGUCCAGCGGCUCAGUUUCCGCGCGAAGGCUGCGACAGUCUCCUGCUGUCGUGCGUCUCCUCCACAGCGAGAGACGACGACGCGCGCGAGGAUCGCGUGUAUCGCGGAGAAGUCCGCUGCGACCUCGCCAGUGGAACACAGAGUGAACGCGACGAGGAAGUGAGUGACCGCCGCUGCAUCCUGCCGGCUGACCAGCCUUUCACCCUCGCCUCGUUCUCUUCGUUCUCCGCGUCCAGCGCAGCCGAAGGGUACCCCUCGCCGGCGCCUCGAGACCCGCUCGGACGGAGGCGACGCACCGGUGGCGCGCCGUGGGCGGCGACCUCUCUCCAGCGCCGAGGGGGAAGCCGCGAAGAGGCAGACUCCCACGACCCCGAGGAGAUCCGCAGCGUCUCUUCAGUUUCGUCGCGGAGGGGUGCAGGGCGAGAGGAGCACGAAGAAGACGAGCGCCGGAGGUCGGUGGAGCAAGAGGCGUGGAAGGCCACGCAGGCGCCGUCUGAGCUUUGGUGCGAGGCUUCCCGCGAGGCCUCGCAGAGUCCGCUGGUAGCCCAGGGGCCCAGAAGGGCGCGAGAGAAAGAAGAGACCGUUUCUGCGCUGAGGGAAAAGCGCGAAGGGAGGAGAAGGCGGCGCACGCGAGCACGCAGACGCGCGGCGCGCCUUCGGCGACUCUCAGGCGCAGAGCGGUCCCGUGCGACAACGCGGGCGGGCGCGGCGUCGACGUCAGCAGCAGGGUCUCAUCCCUGCGAGACACGGACGAAUUCGAGGCCUUCGGGAGCAGGGCUAGGGCCGGAAAGACCACCGCGAGAGAAACGACACCGAGAAGACGGGAGUCGGCUGCAGCGCCAUCCCAAGCACGUCAAAGGAGGAGGUUGUGGCGGUCCCUCACCGGCGCGCGUGGUUACCGUCGAAGACGGGCCCGUGACUGUGUCUUCGCGGGAGCGUGUGCAGCUGACCGCCGCGCCGGAGGCGCCUUUCCGCCGGGACGCUCGCGUCCUUUCUCCGCUGUAUCCGUUGUACCAGCCGUUCUCGGUUGCCGCGCCUUCGCAUCCGCCCCCUGCGCUUCCCUCGCCCUUUCUCUCCUCCGAUUCCUCCUCGGGGCUGCCCGCGUCGUCCCGCGAAGCAUCGUGGGCACCUGCGGCAGGAGUCCACGCGUCUGCUGCGUUCGACUUGACUUCGGCUGGUUCGGAGUCGCGUCUGUUCGCGUCGUCGGCCUCUCGCGUGCCUACAACAACUUCCGCCUACUACGGAGGCCUCGCGCCCUCUUCUGCAGCAGCCGUAGAUCCGUUUGCUCCGUCGCUGGCUUCGGGAGGGUGUCCCUCCUACGCGUACGCCCCUGCAGGCGUGCCUGCGUCGUCUCCUGUCUCUCCGCCGGGGUCGUCUUUCUACCCGAGUCCCUUUUCCUGUCUGUCUGCGUCGAGCCCGACACUUCCGCAGUUCGUGAGCGGCUCGCUUGGAACCGCCCCGCCGUUGACGCACCCUGCUGAGACCCCGGGGGCUCUAGCUUCGCUUUCGCUCUGGUCCUACGGGCCUGUUGGCCCCAAGCGGGGCUCGGACUCCGGCGCGCCCUCGGGGCUCCUUCCUGCUUUCCUGGCGUCGUCUGCCGUCGCCUCGGCGGCGGCGCAUUCGUCUCCUCUGGGCGCCGCCCCGGUCUUCUCUGGGCCCCCGGCCGCGCGCGAUUCGGAGGCCUUCGGCUGCUUUUUGUCGCACGCGAACAAAGUCGCCGCGCCAUUCGCGGUUUUCGCCUCAGACGAAGAGUCCUUGCGAUUCGCGCGGUACUGCUUCUGGAGCCUGCGGAAGAGGGCAGAGGCCCAACGGGCGCGCGCGCGAGAGAGAAGCAUCUCGCACAGCAGCAGGCGGCGACGCUCGCGGAAGCGAGCUGACUUGUUUUCCUCAGCCUCUUCCCAGCGAUCUUCGUCCGCCAGGCCAGAGGAAAUCUCUGCGGACGCGCGCGACGGCGCGGAGCGUGGGAGUCCUCGGCGACGACGAAGCCGCGUGGUGCUGUCUGGUAGGGAGAAGUCCGGCGCAGGAGAGGCAUUCGAGUUAGCCUGCGGUCAGCGUCGGAGCUCGCCUGCGGAGGAGCCUCCUUUCUCUUGGACUCAGAGCGCCCCCGGCGCCUGUGGCGAGCGCGCGCGAAGAGACGCGGGCAGCCGAGACGCGCGUCCCUUCCAGUCUCGCAGGCGACGGGGGGGGGAGCAGGAGAGGCGGCGUCGCUCGCCCUCGGCGUUGACACCUUACCCGUAUUCCCUCGUCCCGCCUAGCUUGUUUUCCUGCGCGUCUUUCUCGCCGUAUUCUUCGCUGAGCUCGAGCCUGCUCGGCCUCGUUCCGCCGGUCUACGCCGUAGAUCGCCUUCCGCCGCUGUUUGCGCAGGCGCACAAUAGACCGGGCUGGUCGAAGCGGCGCUGCAGACGCGAGGGCGACUCUUGGGAGAGAGCCAUGAGUCACGCGUCGUCCUCUGUGUCGCGUCGGGCGUCGCCCGACAGGCGCAAGAGACGCCAGGGCUGGGGGGACAGCCGGCGCGAGGAGCACAGCCGGUCGUACAGCCGCCAGGAGGGCGGCGACAGACGGUCGCGGAGGCGUCGAUCUGACGCAUCUUCCUCCAGUAGGGCGGCCUCGUCCUCGCGUGAGAGGGAGGAGGAGGCAGAGGAGGAGGGAAACCGGAGGACGCGGAGCGGGCGCGAGGGCGACAGGCCCGACGAGGCGCGGGAAAAGAGGCGCUAUCCUUCGUCGCGCAACCAUGUAGUCUCUAAUGCAGAGCGCGCGUCUUCACCGCCGUCAAACAGUUCCUUGAAGCAGCCUCAGUGCCGCCUCGAUGCGUCGCUCCCUGCAGCCACAGACUCGCCCGACGCCGCGCCGGACCGCGCGCAGAGCUUCGAUGCAGGCAAGACGCGGAACGGCGAUGCCUCGCCGCACACACGGGGCGCCUCGCGCGGAGACGCGCGCGAAGGCGACAAAAAGAGAAGUCGAGUGGAUGCGUCGCGGGGGGGCGACGCCGAGAGAAGGAAGACGCGCGCGCGCCAGGGGUGGUGUAUCGAGGGCGAGCGACACGCGCCUCCUCGCAGGCCGGACUGCAGCGACUCGCGAGCUGGGAGAGACAGGGAGACGGAGGAAAACCUGGCAGAGGCCUGCGACGCAGCGAGGCUCAGCGACAGCUCUCGGGGUGAGGACGCGAAGACUGAGAGAGCCGAAGAGGGGCGAAGCAGCCCGCGGAAGUGGGAGACGACAGCCCGCCUGCGCGCCUCGUCCAGCCACCGCGGAGAAGACCAAAGUCGGCGCGAGCCGCGAGAAAGCGAACUCAAGAGCAGCCGCCGGAGGCGCUUGGAAAACACAGGCACCGAUGACGCGACGUCGUCCUCGAGGCGGGCGCGCGCGAGCGGCGCAGGCGAGGAAGGCCGGAUGAAGUCCGAGAGGAGGGGGGGAGGGAGCAGAAGACGCGUAGACCGCGGAGGCGGGUCGCUCGCGUCUCCGCCGCGGGGGUCGCGGCUGUCGCGCCGCGCGGGCGCCACGCGGAGCGGAGGCCGGGCGUCGCGGGACUCCGAGGCGCGUCGUCGCAAGCGCGACGACUCCUCUCGCGCGCGGACGAAGCGCCGGAAGGACGAUCGGCGCGCCUCGCGGGCUUCGCGCCCCCCGGCGAAGCGCCGAAAGGAGGAGGAGAGGAGUCGCCGCGACGGCGAGCGGCGACGCAGGAGCAGCAGCCGCAGCGUGAGUGGGGAUCGAAGAGAGCGCGGUCGCGACGGCCGCGACGCAGGCGGCCGAGGAGGGGGGCGGAAGAAGUCAUGCCUGUCUCGUGCCUCGUCGUCGUCUUCACGGUCCUCCUCGCGGCCGCAUCACCGCAGCCGGAGGCACGCGUCGUCGCCGUCGUAUCGGCGCAGCGGCUACGACUACUUUGGCGGGCGCCGAGAGAGACGCGAUCGGGGGGCCGGAGGGACGCGCGAAGAGGAGCGGCGCCGUGGAAAGGCGCGACGGGUCGGGUGCUGCGGCGGCGACGGCAGCAGCCGAGAGAAGAAGCGCGACCGCAGUCGCACGUCCUGCCACCGGACGUCUCGCAGCCGCGAGCGCGUCGGGGGACGCGAUGGGCGCCGCGGGCGGCGAUACUACGGUGAAGAGGAGGCGUCGCGGCAUCGCUGUCCGCUCUCCUCGCCCUACGUCUCGCAGCACGUCUUCUGCCCUGUCUCGCCGCACAGUCUCUUCUACGCGAGCCGCAAAUCGUCGCACUUAGCUGUGCCGCGGCACCGCCCCGAGAUCGCCCCGCCGCGCGCAUACAAGUCGAGCAAACACCAGCCCUACAACGAAGGCUGGGGCGGGGAGCGCAGUCGGCGGAAGAGCCGCGAGAAGAAGCGCGAUCGCCAGGAGGAGGAAGCGCGCGGCGAGCGGCGCCGGCGCCGGGCGGCCAAGGGUGCGACGCGCCGGAGAGACGAGGGUGGCGAGCGGCGCCGCGCCGCCGCGAAGAAAAAGGAAAAGAAGGACGAGUCCUCGAAGGACGACAUCGUGCACUUUGACUGGCGCCCAGGCAUGUGGCUCACCGACCGCUACCGCGUGCUAGACAAAAUGGGCGAAGGAACUUUCGGCCGUGUCCUGCGCUGCGCCGACGUUCACACACAGCGCGAGGUCGCCAUCAAGGUCGUCCGGGAUGUGUCGAGGUACACGUCUGCAGCGCGCAUCGAAGUUGACAUUUUGCGAGAGAUCAACGAGCGAGACGCGCCCUCCAGUUCCUCCUCCUCCGGAUCGAGCUCCUCGUCGCACUGCGUGCGUCUCCACGACGCCUUCCUCUACAAGAGUCGCCACAUGUGCCUAGUCUUUGAGAAGCUGGGCAAGAGCUUGUACGAUCUCCUCACAGAGAAUCACUAUCUGGGCUUCUACCUCGAAGACAUCCGCAUCGUCGCCAAGCAGUGCCUCAUCGCCCUCGCCUUCCUCCGCGCAUGCCGACUCACACACACCGACCUCAAGCCCGAAAACAUCCUGUUGCUCGACGACAUCCUCAUCCCCGUUCCGGCGCCUCGGCCGUCAGGCUCGGUGAAGGGGCACUAUCUCCGGCCAGCGCAGGUGGGAGUCAAGAUCAUCGACUUCGGCAGCGCGACGUUCGAGGACGAUUACCACUCGUCGCUGAUCAACACGCGGCAGUACAGAGCGCCAGAAGUCAUCCUCGGCCUCGGCUGGGAUAUGUCGAGCGACGUUUGGUCGCUAGGAUGCAUUUUGAUGGAGCUCUACACAGGCAACCUUCUCUUCCGCACGCACGAACAUCUGGAGCACCUCGCCAUGAUGGAGCGGAUCGUUGGGCCUUUUCCGACGGAGAUGCUCGAGAGCGCGCUCUCCACCGACGGGCGGCGGUACGUUGCGCCGCCCGCUGGGGAGGGCGCUUCAGGUCCUCCACCUGCGUUCGACGCGCCUCCGGGGGUAGAAGAGGAGAGGGAGAAGAAGGAGAGAGAAAAACGAGACUCUGGCACGCUGCCGCCGCCGCGGCUCCACUGGCCUGAAGGCGCCUCGAGUGCCAACAGCGAGGAGCGGGUGCGCAGUUGCGUCCCGCUGCAGGCUCUUGUUCUUCCGCAGCACCGAAUUUUCUCGGAUUUCGUGCGCUCGCUGCUCCAGAUCGACCCGCAGAAGCGACCCACGCCGGGCGGCGCCCUCAUGCAUCCGUUCUUCACUGCUGAGCUGAGGGAGUGA